CUACAGUAAUAUUCUCGAAGCACAUGGCACAAACGCGUCCGUCCCCAUAAUGGUCUCCUGACGCACACAAACGCGCACUCGCACGCGCACACGUUGCCUUGUCAGCUAACCCCCUCUAGUGCCGAUCCUCCUGUACAGAGGCGCACAGUCUCCGUCGCCGCGUGCUUCGAUCAUCUCCUCCUCCUCCUGCGCCCUCUUCAAUCGUCAUCCUUUCAGAACCUCGCUCGCUGCAGCAGCGGUCCGGACAGGAGGCACAUCUCGGAACACGAUCGGGACACCGCCGCGCGCGCGAUGAAGCCUCAGUGCAAAGAUAUUUGCGCGAUGCUUAAAGUGCUGCAGUAACUUAGAGCUGGCAGGAAAUGUGCGAAGUUUUGAAGCAGCUUAUUGUUUCAUGAUUGAUAAUUGAUCUUUUGUCAACUUACCUCUUGGCGCCUUUAUUGCUGCUGCACGGUGAAGGGAUGGAUCUCGUGAUGAGCAACAAACGGGACUAAAUGUAAUCAGGAGCAGAGCGGGUGGUGCUUUUUUUUGGACGACCCUGUCGCGAUUUUUUUUUCUUCCCGGCCACGCUCGCUCUCGGCUCCGCUGCAGUCGGUGACCGAUGUUGCAGCAGAUAUGAGUGUCGGACCGCGAUUUGUCCCCGUUGUACUUUUUCUUGGAAUUGUCCUCACUCGCUGUGGCCACUGUAACCAAGUUGUGCUGCUGGAUACAACGUCUGUGCUAGGAGAGCUCGGAUGGAAGACGUAUCCUAUAAAUGGGUGGGAUGCCAUCACAGAGAUGGAUGAGCACAAUCGGCCCAUUCAUACCUUUCAGGUGUGCAACGUGAUGGAGCCCAACCAGAACAACUGGCUUCGAUCCAACUGGAUUUCUCGACAAGCAGCCCAAAAAAUCUAUGUGGAGCUUCGCUUCACCUUACGCGACUGCAACUCCAUCCCUUGGGUUUCUGGCACGUGCAAGGAGACCUUCAACCUCUUUUAUUAUGAGACUGAUGAGGCACAUGGCGUAAAAUUCAAACCUGCUCAAUACACUAAGAUCGACACCAUUGCCGCAGAUGAGAGCUUCACUCAGAUGGAUCUCGGAGACCGCAUUCUGAAGCUCAACACUGAGGUGCGCGAGGUGGGACCCAUGACCAAGAAUGGCUUUUAUCUUGCAUUCCAGGACAUUGGGGCCUGCAUCGCUUUGGUCUCAGUGAGAGUCUACUACAAGAAAUGCCCUUUCACAUUGAGAAACCUGGCCUCGUUUCCAGACACGGUGCCUCGUGUGGACUCAUCCUCAUUGGUGGAGGUGAGGGGGGCAUGCAUUGACCAUGCUGAAGAAAGGGACACACCCAAGCUCUUCUGUGGAGCUGAUGGGGACUGGUUAGUCCCCCUUGGAAGAUGCGUCUGCAGCGUCGGGUAUGAGGAGAUCGCCGGCUCCUGCAUUGCAUGCCAGCCAGGCUUCUACAAGGCUUUUGCCGGAAACAUCAAGUGUUCAAAGUGCCCGAUAAAUAGUUUCAGCUACGGAGAAGGUGCUGCAGUCUGCCGAUGUGAAGUUGGGUAUUUCAGGGCUGGAAAAGAUCCUCCAACUAUGGCUUGCACGCGUCCUCCAUCCCCUCCACGUAACUUACUUUUCAACCUCAAUGACACAUGUCUGAUGCUGGAAUGGUCACCCCCCAGUGACACCGGGGGACGCCGAGACCUAACUUACAAUGUCCAAUGUAAACGCUGUGGUCCAGAGCCUGGCAAAUGCCAACUUUGUGAGGAGGAGCUGCGUUUCCUGCCCCAACCGUUAGGCCUGACUACCGCCUCUGUCACCGUCAUGGACUUCUCAGCGCACGCUAAUUAUACCUUUGAGAUCGAAUCACUCAACGGCGUUUCAGACAUGAGCUCAUUUCCUCGACAGGUCGCCAUCAUUACCGUCAGGACCAAUCAGGGCGGUCCCUCACUGGUGGGGUCUCUGAAGAAGGACUGGGCCUCUCCCAACAGCAUCGCUCUCUCCUGGCAGCAGCCCAAAGAAACAGCGUUGCCCAUUCUCGACUACGAGAUCAAAUACUAUGAAAAGGAACGUGACCAGCUAAGUUAUUCUUCAACAAGCACCAAGGAUCCUAGUGUGAUCAUCACAGGCUUGAAACCAGCCACCUGGUACGUCUUCAGUGUCCGCACCCGCACGCCAUCUGGAUACAGCUCCUACGCCACCAGAUAUGAAUACAAAACUACUGGAGAUUCAUCGGACCUGGCCUCUGACCAAGGUCAGGUUUUGGUCAUCGUUACGGCAGCAGUGGGCGGCUUUACCCUUAUCGUCAUCCUCACCCUCUUCCUCCUCAUUACUGGAAGGUGUCAGUGGUACAUCAAGGCCAAGAUGACCUCCGAGGAUAAGAGGAGGACCGAUUAUCAGAACGGACAUGUUCCUUUCCCUGGGAUUAAGACCUAUGUGGACCCCGACACUUAUGAAGACCCCGCGCAGGCCAUCCAUGAGUUUACCAAGGAGAUCGAUCCAUCUCGGAUCCGAAUUGAGAGGGUGAUUGGAGCCGGUGAGUUUGGAGAGGUGUGCAGUGGCCGACUGAGAACACCCGGCAAGAAGGAGAUAGCUGUGGCAAUAAAGACACUGAAAGGUGGCUAUGUGGAGCGUCAGAGGCGGGACUUCCUACGUGAGGCUUCUAUCAUGGGGCAGUUUGAUCACCCCAACAUCAUCAGGCUGGAGGGUGUCGUCACAAAAAGCAGGCCAGUGAUGAUUGUGGUGGAGUAUAUGGAAAAUGGAUCACUGGACUCAUUUUUGAGGCAACACGAUGGUCACUUCACUGUCAUUCAGCUGGUGGGCAUGCUACGUGGCAUCGCCUCAGGAAUGAUGUAUCUGUCAGACAUGGGCUACGUUCAUCGAGACCUGGCAGCUCGAAACAUCUUAGUCAACAGCAACCUGGUGUGUAAAGUGUCAGAUUUCGGUCUGUCCCGAAUCCUGGAGGAUGAUCCCGAGGCUGCGUACACGACGACGGGUGGAAAGAUCCCAAUCCGAUGGACAGCUCCAGAAGCCAUUUCAUACCGAAAAUUCUCCUCAGCCAGUGAUGCGUGGAGUUAUGGCAUUGUCAUGUGGGAAGUGAUGUCCUAUGGGGAGCGGCCAUAUUGGGAGAUGUCUAAUCAGGACGUAAUUCUGUCUAUCGAGGAGGGCUACCGGCUUCCGGCACCAAUGGGCUGCCCUGUGGCCCUCCACCAACUGAUGUUGCACUGCUGGCAGACAGAAAGAAGUCAUCGGCCCAGAUUUGCAGAUGUCGUCUCCUUCUUGGAUAAACUCAUCCGCAAUCCCGGCAGCUUAUUGCCACUGGUAGAGGACAUUCAGAGCCUACCGGAGUCUCCUGUGGAGGAAAUGGACUACCCACUGUUUAUCUCUAUUGGCGACUGGCUGGACUCCAUCAAAAUGAGUCAGUACAAAAGUAACUUCAUGGCAGCGGGCUACAACACAUUGGAUUCUGUAGCGAGGAUGAGUAUCGGGGAUGUAAGGCGUAUCGGGGUGGAUCUGAUUGGCCACCAACGGAGGAUUAUCAGCAGCAUACAGACCCUCCACCUCCAGCUACUGCACGAACAGGAGAAAGGCUUCCACGUAUGAGGUCGCCUUUUCACGUUAC